UCAUGAGUAAUUGCUCUUCAAAGAUAAGAGAACACGCGAUUGAGGUCCAUUUUCAAGUCGAUUCUCAAGCAACUUCUGGUUUGCUUCUGCUGGGUUGCGUGUCAAUGCGUUAACUUUGAUUCUCGAGUCUAGCAACGCUAUUUGGUAGCCUUUCAUGGCAUCUUGCUUUCCUGUUUGCUGCAACUCUGCAGCCUCCAUGUUAAACAUUAAAAGAAGAUUUAAUACCGAGUUUAGGAAAUGGACAAGCAU